GUCAGCCUCUGGGUUGGCGAGCACCACCUUUGGGCCAUGGCCGCAUCUGGGGAACCGGGCCGGCAGUGGCAGGAGGAGGUGGCCGCGGUGGUAGUGGUGGGCUCCUGCAUGACCGACCUGGUCAGGUCAUUCCUUCCUUUGGUGUGAAUCAUCGCUGAGAAUCUGUAACAAGCACAUCAUUGUCAAGAAGCUAAAAGCAAUUGAUUAGUUGUUCUGAUAACACCUGUCAGUGAAAUAACUCCGAGCACAAAACCCAGGCAUUUAAGGAGUUGACAAGUAUUAUUAAAACUGUUUUGCAAGAGAAGAAGCUGGUUCAAAGAGGGAAAAGCUGUCAAAGUCUUACUUCUCGUUUGCCAAAAACCGGAGAAACCAUCCAUGGACAUAAGUUUUUUAUUGGCUUUGGAGGGAAAGGUGCCAACCAGUGUGUCCAAGCUGCCAGGCUUGGAGCAAAGACAUCCAUGGUAUGCAAGGUUGGCAAAGAUUCUUUUGGCAAAGACUACAUAGAAAACUUAAAACAGAACGAUAUUUCUACAGAAUUUACAUAUCAGACUCAAGAUGCUGCUACGGGAACUGCGUCUAUAAUUGUCAAUAAUGAAGGCCAGAAUAUCAUCGUUAUAGUAGCUGGAGCAAAUUUACUUUUGAAUACUGAAGACCUGAGGGAAGCAGCCAGGACCAUUAGCAGAGCCAAAGUCAUGAUCUGCCAGUUAGAAAUAACUCCAGAAACGUCUUUGGAAGCCCUGACAAUGGCCCACAGCAAUGGAGUGAAAACAUUGUUCAAUCCAGCUCCUGCUGUUGCUGACCUGGACCCUCGCUUCUACACCCUCUCAGAUGUGUUCUGCUGCAAUGAAACUGAGGCUGAGAUCCUAACUGGCCUGGCGGUCGGCAGCCCUGCAGAUGCCGGGCAGGCUGCACAGGUGCUUGUGGAAAGGGGCUGCCACGUGGUCAUCGUCACCUUAGGUGCUGAAGGAUGUGUGAUGCUGUCCCAGACAGAACCCGUGCCAAAGCACAUUCCCACCGAGAAAGUCAAGGCUGUGGAUACCACGACUCUUUCUGUUGAAGUGAUCUACAGUGUCUAUCUUUCCAUCAAUAUCUCACUGUCUGAUUACUAUAUCUUAUGGGCGCUGGUGACAGUUUUGUGGGGGCUUUGGCCUUCUACCUGGCUUACUACCCAAGUCUGUCCUUGGAAGAAAUGCUCAAGAGAUCCAAUUUCAUCGCGGCGGUCAGUGUCCGGGCCGCAGGAACACAGUCUUCUUAUCCAUACAAAAAAGACCUGCCACUUGAUCUGUUUUGAUUGCUACUAACCCUAAAAUAAAUGUACUUGGGGGAGGGAGGUGGCCUCUCUUAGCUAGCAGCUUACUAUCAAAUAGCCUCUUCUUUCUUUGCAAAUAUGUUCAUUUGUGAAGUCAUCCUCAGCCUUUACUCUUUUAUAAUGAUUUCUUCACUUUUCAUGUAUUUACAAGAGCCACCCAAAAUUAAGGAUGCCAUGACCAGGACCUGUACAAACAUUACCACGAUGAGGAACCAGCAAACUCACUUGCCAACAGAUCCUGAAUGCCGUACGUCCACCACAGGGCAGGGCUUGUGGACAACAAUGUCUAGAGUCCGAGCAGAGAAUGUUAAAUAAGGGAAGGGUCACAUGAAUUGGACUGUUCAAGCUGUUCCUAAGAGAGACAGUUGAUAUUUGGUGCUGGUGUUGUCAAAGCUUCUGUUUUGUGAGAGAAGCCAGAAGUUUGGAUGUUUAUUGAAAUUUUUUCAAUGUUUAAGUAUCAGCAAUUGAUUUUUGAAAAAUGUAAACACCACCUGUGGGCCACAUUCAGCUCAUGUGCUGAAUAGACAAGUCAUUUGUUAAGCCAGAUUUUAAGUUGUUGUUUUGCUUUUUUCAAUGGCGACUCAUUUAUGUCACAGACCCUUUAUAGCAGGCUUAGCUGGGACCAGGUGAAGGAUUUUUCUUGUAACCCAAAACCACUAUGCAUAGUUUCAACCGAAAAAUAGCCAAGAUCUCACCUAUUAUUGCUUUGAACCAAAGCUUUAACAACAGAUGCCAGAAAAUAGCUGAUCGACUCUAAUGCCACAAGCCCCCGAAACUCAACAACUGUCUACAUCUAAUUCCAACUUCAGAAAGCUAUGCUUGCAUGUCCUCCCUAGACAGACUGGGCCAUGGAGAGGGAACACCUUGGUAACACCAAUGUUACCUUGAAACAUUGGUUUCAUCCUUCUUGAGGCCAUGGUAGGCACACCAUCAUUCUAUAUAAAUGCUUUAAACGGUGUAGGAUAUGAACCAGCAGAACUCAAAAUAAAAGCUGAUCCUUCUUACAUUGUCAGAAAUGUGAUAAGGAGAAAACUGAGUAUUUCUGAAAAUCUGUAGGAAAUAGCUUGAGUGAGAAAGUAUCUGGAUCUGGGUAAGGCAGUCUUACCUCACCUGAACAUUAGGGAUUAGUGGAAUUUCCACUGGUUGGCUGUGUGGGACCAUGCCCCAAAAGCCCUAGCCGUGGCUCUAUGGAAAUACACUAUAGCUAUUCUUUAAAAAAAAAAAAGGAAAUCUAGAAGAUAAAGGGAGUCCAAAGCAUUCCUAGAAACUCCUAGAUACUGCUUCAGUAUCUACUCAGUGACCGGAGUUUGAGAAUAUGGACCAAUGGCAUUUUUCCUAAUUAUAUAAGCACAAAACAGAAGUUCUCACAGUUUCUUUUGUGUUACAAGGCUGGCCCCCUUAUUCCUGUUCACCAUUACCCUCUCUGUUAUUUCAUGGGAGUUUUUUCAAGAUCACUCUAUAGAGUGACUCUGCCUUUCCUAUGAGGUA